AUUCAUAAACACCUCUCCAUCAACAUACCACCGGUCUCUCCGGCGCGUCUCCUUCCACCUCCCAACCAUCCCAGGGCCAUUGAGCGCGCGCGAUCUAACACACGCGACCUUCCCCUGCUACACACCCCUCGACAACGGUAAGUUAUCAACCAUACAACCCAGCAUCUACUACUACUAUCAUCAAGUCCUAUGCUCAUAUAUCAUCUUAUCAAAGUAUAGAAAACAACCACGAAUGUCCCACCACCUGCGACCUCUGCCUAGAAGACAUGGACGGAAAAUCCACCCUCCGCAAACUCCCCUGCGCGCACGUCUUCCACCAGCCCUGCAUCGACCGCUGGCUCUGCACCCGCGACGCCAGCUGUCCGCUCUGUCGGAGGGAGUUCUACCAAUUUCGGAGGCCGCAGAUUGCGGUUUUUGAUAGGGUGCGUCCUCGCGAUAGCGACUACGAUUAUGGUGUUGAGGACUUUUAUGAGAGGGAGAGGAGGGUUCAGAUGGAGAGGCAGGAGGAUUUGCGCGAGGCGAGGGCCAUCUUUGUCAAGUGGUGGAAGAGGAAGUUUUUGGGGGUGUUUGGGGUUGUGAGGGGUUCUCCUGAUGAUUCUUCUUCUUCUGAUUCCUCAUCCUCCUCGUUGUCGUCGUCGGCGUCCUCUUUUCGAGAGGGUGAUUGAGAUGGUUCUCUUUCUCCCAUUUGGAAAAUGACAUGAGAGACAUGGACCGGGCUAGGUCUGUCCACAGGACACAGAACAGUCC